AUGCCUGUCACUAUUAUCAUCGUUGGAAAGGGGAAGACGAAAGAGGGUGCAAGAUUUUUACUCAAUGAAAGGAUAAAUCUUCUCAAGGCCGUCCGGAAUCACUCACUCAUGGAGAUUCAAUACAACCCAUACCAAGCCAACUUCGUCCGUGUCCCGAUCAUUUGUAGCCGCCUCUACAACGAUGUCAUGGCGCCUCUCACCCCGUUCUACUGCCGCAAUAACUUCACGCGCCGACGGACGCAACAGAUGAGCAUCGUCUCCUUGGUGAAUAAGGCCGGGGAUGUUAGCGGUGCCGAUACGUUGCGACUUAUUCGUUUGAAAACGCUGCCACGUUGCGCCGUCCUCCAGCGGUCGUUGGUAGUUGGGUAUACAGAAUCUUCAUACGCUAUGGACUCGCAGCUUCAAGCGUUCGUUCCGGCGCAUAGUAAAAAGUGA